AUGGCUCAACAAUCCCUCCAGCUCGAGCUCGUCGAGCGGCCCAAGGCCAACAUCAUCCCCGGCCAGACCUUCCGCGUGCGCCAAGUCCCCGCGCCCACCGAAGCCGACCUCAAAGACGGCCAAGUGCUCCUCGAAUCCCUCUACAUCUCCUUCGACCCAGCCAUGCGGGGCUGGCUGGACGACAAGCGCUCCUACAUCCCUCCCGUACAGAUCGGCGAGGUGAUGCGCGCGGGGACCAUCAGCCGGGUGCUCGCCUCCAAAUCCUCCAAGUGCAAAAAGGGCGACUAUGUCACCGCGAACCUCGGCAUCCGCGAGGUCGGCAUCAUGCCCGAGGACCAGGUCAACCCGGCGCCGCCUCUCCCAAAAGGCGCCAAGCUGUCCGAUCUCAUGGGCGUGCUCGGCAUGACGGGCCUGACGGCCUACUUUGGCAUGACCAAGAUCGGGCAGCCCAAGGCGGGCGAGACGGUGUUUGUCUCGGCUGCGGCGGGUGCGACGGGUAGUGUGGCCGCGCAGAUCGCCAAGAUUGCUGGCGCGCGCGUCAUUGGUACGGCUGGGAGCGACGAGAAGGUCCGGUGGUUGAAGGAGGAGCUGGGGCUGGAUGUUGCGCUUAACUACAAGGACCCGGACUUUAAGAAGAAGUUUGAGGCGGCCACGCCGAACUACCUCGAUGUCUACUAUGACAAUGUCGGCGGGGAGCAGCUCGAGAUGGCGCUGGGCCGUGCUAACAAGUUUGCACGCUUCGUCAUGUGCGGAGCUAUCACCCAGUACAAUGCCGAAGAGAGGUCAGGGCCGAUGAGAAACUUCUUCAACGUGAUUGCCCAGCGUAUCAAGAUGCAAGGGUUCAUUGUCUUUGACUUUGCGGAUGAGUAUCCUGCGGCGUUUAAGCAGCUUGCGCAGUGGCUUGAAGAAGGCAAGCUUCAGAGGAAGGAGACGAUUCUCAAAGGCGGCGUGGCUGCUGCAGAUGAGGCAUUCAAACAUCUGUUCGAGGGCAAGAACAUUGGCAAGCUCCUGGUUGAGGUCAAGAGUCCCGAGGAUGCGCCACGGCUUUGA